AUGGCAUCGAACACGGACGAUGAGCUCAAUGAUGUUGUUAUUCUCUCCGCUAUUCGAACGCCGAUUGGCUCAAUAAAUGGAUGUUUAGCAUUGUUAAAAGCUCAUCAACUUGGUGGAGUUGCAAUUAGAGGUGCACUAGCGCAAUUAGCAGGAACGAUCACAUCCGAUGAAAUUAAUGAAGUUAUUAUGGGUCAAGUACUAACAGCAAAUGAAGGUCAAAAUCCUGCACGGCAAGCUGCUCGUACUGGUGGUUUACCUUAUUUCAUUCCAGCAACAACGGUCAAUAUGGUCUGUGGAUCAGGGUUGAAGGCAGUUACACUUGCGGUUCAAGCUAUCCGGUCCGGCGAUUCGAAUUUUGUCAUCGCUGGUGGACAGGAAAGUGUCAGUCAAGCGCCACAUUGUAUUCUGAUGAAACACGGAAAGAAAGUGGGUGAUAGUUCACCUGUUGAUUCAGUAGUGCACGAUGGAUUGACUGAUGCGUUCAAUCAUGUCCAUAUGGGGAUUACAGCGGAAAAUAUUGCUGAAACUUGUAAUGUAACUCGGCAGGAUCAGGAUGAAUUUGCUCUACACUCUCAAGUGAAAUGCGAGGAAGCCGCAUCACUCGGACAUUUUGAUACGGAAAUCGAGCCAAUUAUCAUAUCAAGUGCAAAAAACGAUCUCGAAAUUCGGUACGAUGAAUGUCCAAAGAAAGCCACAUCACUUGAUUCGUUGUCAAAAUUAGAAACCAUAUUCAAAGAAGCGGGAACAAUCACAGCGGGCAAUGCUGCAGGUUUGAGCGACGGAGCAGCUGCUUUUGUUCUGUGUUCGUAUCGAACUGCAAAAUUAAAACAACAACCUCCUCUAGCAAAAAUCGUAUCAUGGGCUCAGACAGGAAUAGAUCCACUUAUAAUGGGUCUAGCGUCGGUAAAAGCAAUUCAAGAAGCUUUACGGAAAGCAAACUGGCCCAUCGAAACAAUUGAUAUCUUGGAAUUAAAUGAGACUUACGCUGCUCACGCUGUCGCUAUUAUUCGUGAACUUCGUAUUGAUCCUGAAAAAGUAAAUGUCAAUGGCGGUGCCAUUGCACUUGGUCAUCCAUUAGGAGCUUCAGGUGCGCGAAUUCUUGUUACGUUGAUUCAUACACUCAGACGCACAGGUUUGAAACGAGGCUGUGCGGCUUUAUCUAUUGGAGGUGGAAUGGGUAUUGCAAUAUGUAUUGAAGCUUGUUAG